UACACUGUCCAUGAACGCUGUGUAUCUAAAAACAUUCCUGGAUGUGUCAAAACGUACUCAAAAACCAAAAAGGGCGGUGAGGUGAUGCAGCACGCGUGGGUGGAAGGGAACUCUUCCGUCAAGUGUGACCGGUGCCACAAAAGUAUCAAGUGCUACCAGAGUGUCACGGCGCGGCACUGCGUCUGGUGCCGGAUGACGUUUCACCGAAAAUGUGAAUUGUCAACAUUGUGUGAUGGUGGGGAACUCAGAGACCAUAUUUUGCUGCCCACUUCAAUAUGCCCUGUGACCCGGGACAGGCAAGGUGGGAAGUCUGAUGGCAGUGUGUCAGCCAAGGGUGAACUUGUAAUGCAGUAUAAGAUCAUCCCUACCCCGGGUACCCACCCCCUGCUGGUCUUGGUGAACCCCAAGAGUGGAGGGAGACAAGGAGAAAGAAUUCUUCGGAAAUUCCACUAUCUGCUCAACCCCAAACAAGUUUUCAACCUGGACAAUGGGGGGCCUACUCCAGGACUGAACUUUUUCCGUGAUACUCCAGACUUCCGUGUUCUAGCCUGCGGAGGAGAUGGGACAGUUGGCUGGAUUUUGGAUUGCAUUGAUAAGGCCAACUUUGCAAAGCAUCCACCGGUGGCUGUCCUGCCUCUUGGAACAGGAAAUGACCUGGCCCGCUGUCUCCGCUGGGGAGGAGGUUAUGAAGGGGGCAGCUUGACAAAAAUCCUGAAGGACAUCGAGCAGAGCCCCUUGGUGAUGCUAGACCGCUGGCAUCUGGAAGUCAUCCCCAGAGAGGAGGUGGAGAAUGGGGACCAGGUCCCAUACAACAUCAUGAACAACUAUUUCUCCAUCGGUGUGGAUGCUUCCAUCGCACACAGAUUCCACGUGAUGAGAGAGAAACACCCUGAAAAAUUCAACAGCAGGAUGAAGAACAAGCUGUGGUACUUUGAAUUUGGCACCUCAGAGACCUUCGCAGCCACCUGCAAGAAGCUCCACGACCACAUAGAGUUGGAGUGUGACGGGGUUGAGGUAGACCUGAGCAACAUCUUCCUCGAGGGCAUUGCCAUUCUCAACAUUCCCAGCAUGUACGGUGGCACCAAUCUCUGGGGAGAAACCAAGAAGAACCGGGCUGUGAUCCGGGAAAGCAGGAAAGUCAUCACUGACCCCAAAGAACUGAAGUUCUGCGUCCAAGACCUCAGUGACCAGCUCCUUGAAGUGGUGGGGCUAGAGGGAGCCAUGGAGAUGGGGCAGAUCUACACUGGCCUGAAGAGUGCGGGCAGGAGGCUGGCCCAGUGCUCCUCAGUAACCAUCAGGACAAACAAGCUGCUGCCAAUGCAAGUGGAUGGAGAGCCCUGGAUGCAGCCCCCAUGCACGAUUAAAAUUACUCACAAGAAUCAAGCACCUAUGAUGAUGGGGCCUCCCCAGAAGAGCAGCUUCUUUUCGCUGAGGAGGAAGAGCCGUUCAAAAGACUAAAUAAUAUGCCAAAUGCCACUUAAACCAAGAGAGAAAACAAGAGACUGUAACACACACACACACACACACAUACACACACGCGCACGCGCGCAAACACACGCACACUCAUCUCUAACCAGUGGAAGCAAAGCCACCCAUCAGGAAGAAAUCUUCAUCUUGCCGUACAUGCUCUCUACUUCAACAGUGGACACACCCCAACAGAGCCAGUACCGACAGAAAAUUUUGAACAGACUUAGGGCCGACCGGGGUGUGGUUGGCCGUAUGGCAACCUCCACAUUCCCAGAAGGCCGUGAGUGGGACUUUCUGAGACUGAAGGAGAAAUCCCCCUUUCUUCCCACCAGUCCUGCAAGUUCCCUCACAGACGCUCACAAGAAGCAGGCUGCAGGUUUCCUGCCUAUGUUGAGAUCGGAUGUGGCCAAGGGAAAGAGCUCCCAUUCCAGAGAAUUUACACAAAGGUCCCUCUGUACAGAGACCAACAGCCUCCAGCGCUCAGAGCAUAACCCUUGGCAGGGCUCAGCAAGCGCACGUUGGUUGCAUAGUUGUCCUUCAAGCAGCAACUUCUCCCUGAACUUGCUGAGGAGGCAGAAAGGCUGUGGAAAGCUGUGUUUCCAUUCUUGGUUCUCCACGCUGUCAGUGGGCACUUGUUAUUUUCCCAAAGGCUUCUCCUGGUGGCUGUGUGUUUGUUUAGAGACGGCUCCAAGAGCCCCCAGAGCAGCCUGCACAGCACACCUUCGAUGUGGUAUUUAUUUUCUUAGUUCUGUGAACACCUGGGAGGGAAAGCAGAGAAACUGGGAUUUAUUUUUCAAAUUGGUGUCAUAAUAUUGUGUAAAAAGGGAAGAAAAAAAAAACCACCCCCAGUUUCUUUCUUUUUCAAGCCAAAGCGUGUUUCCUGUUUUGAGUUCCAAGCCCUGGUGGCAGACUACUCCUGAAGGCAGAGAGGAUGAGAAGGAAGGGCCUUUUGCUGAGAAGACCAGGAGACAAACCCAUCAGGUGGCUCCCACCUGCCUCUUUGCACCUACCACUCCCAGAGCAUGACCUGAGGGCCCUUCUGAUGGUCUUAUGUGUGUGUACAUAUAUGUAGCAUAUAUAUUUAUACAUAUAAAUAUUUAUUUACUGAUGGACUUUUCCUGAUUGAAAAAAAAAAAACAUAUGUAGACGAGGAACAGAAAGUAGGAAAGAAAAAGUAGGUUCUUACUCCCCGUCCCACCAUUUCAUUGUCAAGACACAUUUCCCAGUGGCGAUCAUGAGAUUUAAGGGAAAUGAAAGUAGCUUCUUAUCAUAAAGAGACUAAGAAUUCCUAUUCUGGAUUCUCAAAACAGCCAUGAAAGAUAUGCUGGACAGAAUUAUUCUCCCACUUGCCAGCGAGAGAUAGUCUCAGAAAAGUUAAGAGACUUGUACAUGGUACCUUAACUAAUGUGGUUUGAGAAUAGGUGCCACUAAGAGGAUGUUUAUUAGAAGAAUCCACACGUCUUAGAAUAGGGUCAUUUCUGGUCACUGAGAAAUUAUUCCAUUCGAAUCCAGGUUUCCAGGGAAGGAUGAAUGCGUAGCACAUGUGUGGAUGUGACAGGCCCACACAAGGAAAUGAGGGCCUCGUGAUGCUUCCCAGAGAUUCUCUCUGGCCUGAACUGGUAAGAAGUUGGUCUGGGUUGAAGGCACUAGACAGAUCAUCAGAUUAAGCUCUCCACCUGUCAACUCGUCAUGGUCGUCAUGGCCUCUUAGUCUGGAAGCACCUGUGGCUGCAGGGAUGACCUCAGUUGGAGACUCAGAAGAAGGACCAAGGCACCUUCUGCAAGGUGUUGCCAGCCAAUACCCAGAGGGGUCCCAGCAGAGCUCAGUGGGCUUCAUGCAGCUGCUGCCAGCAUUACCCAAUUCCUUUUGCGAGGGCAAGUCUGUGUAGAGCUUCAUUAGUAGACAGAAACAUUUGCCUUGGUGCCUUUGCUCCAUCGGACCUCCAUCCCCUCCGAGAUUUCUUAAGAGGACACGUGGGCCCACUCGACAUCACUCCACUGAGUGCUCUCUAAUCUCCUUGCACUGAGUCAGGAGCUGUGCACAAGGAAGGGAAAUUAAGAUUGUGUGUAUACACUGAUCCUAACUCUGAAGGAAGCAAUCAUCUAGGACCAUCCUGCUGGAUCCAACAGUGCGAAACAGUGGGUGAGGGGACAGCCAGGCUGCCUGAAGAAUGUCCUGAAUGAUGGGAUCCUUGGUGAUGGGACGGACCAACAAGUUCCAGAAUAACAGCAGAUGAAAAGAGGCAGGAGAUCAAACUAAAGAGAAGAGGGUCCUACAGCAAGUUGCUGACCCAGGUUCUAUCACAGCUGCCCUCUUCCUUCGAAUGGGCAGAAGUAACUUUUUGUGCCUCUCUGUACCAUCAUCAUCCACACUCGGUAGGAAACAAGUAAGACCCUUCUAGCUUGGAAAAGUCUGGCCACUGUUCCAUAGAGCUGCUGUGGAAGGAGCCAUUCCAUGUGCCAGGAUGAUGUGAGGGAUGAAACCCUGCCUGGGAAACAAGAGCAACACGGGGAGUAGGCUACAUGCUGUCUCAGCCACAUGGCCUUGGACAUGUCCUUUAGCCUUCUGGGACCUUUCUUUCUCCGUCUAUCCAACAAGGGGGGCUCUAAAGACUUUCCCUCUUCAACGAUCUUGCCCUUACCUGGAGUAAAUCCUGCGGCCAUGGGAGAGGGGGUGGGGUCCUUGUUCUUAGGGGUCUUCCAGCAGGCCCAAGGCUCCCCCCCAGCCCUGCUACCCUGGAGGGCUACUCUUCCCCCCUUAAAGAAUCUUCUCUUCCCUCUUCAGGAUUGAUCAUGCUCAGAAAGCAGCUGAUAUGGGGGGGGCCAACAUAAAAAAAAAACCGACAAGGAAACUCUUUGGUAAGCCCUCCACCUUUACACACACGCACACACACAUACACAAACACACAUACUCAGUCCCUGACGUGUAAACAUUUUCCAUUCUGUGGAUCAAACCUGUUUUACCCUUCCUCAUUGCCAGUGUGUUAGGAGAGAAUCCAUUCCCACCAGUGGAAAAGCACCACUUCCUUUUAGAGAACUUAGCUAAAGCUCAGUGUUUGGGGUGACCCUGGGCAUAAGUUGAAGCUACACGUCCUAACGCACCUCACCUGCGGCCCAUAAAUGCAGACUCUUGCCAGCCGAGACUGAGGCAGUGACUGGGUUAGCACAGUGCCAGGGUCCCGAUCCUUCACUCCUCACUCAUCCACCUCCGCUGCCUCAUCCACCCGUAGAUACGCUACUCCGUCAGGGUGGUUGCCUGCUCGAGCCUGCCUGUCUGCCUGCUGGAGUGCCGUGGACUUAUUCCUGUAAUGUGCCGUGUGUACGUGUGUCCUGACUCUGUGGUUUACUACAAAUAAACCUGACAGCGGACCGCUGA